GGCAGGCCCGCAGCUCCAGACGCGCUCAGAGGCGGAAGUCAUCGUCCGGCGCCGACGCACUCAGUAGUGGGUCCUGGCGGGAGGACACGCGCCCGCUAUGCUGGUGGCGGCGGCCGCAGAGCGGAACAAGGAACCCAUCCUGAGCGUUCUUCGGCAGUACGUGGACCCCGCCCAGCGCGGCGUCCGCGUGCUCGAGGUGGCUUCGGGCUCCGGCCAGCACGCCGCCCACUUCGCGCAGGCCUUCCCGUACGCCGAGUGGCAGCCGUCCGACGUGGACCAGCGCUGCCUGGACAGCAUUGCCGCCACAACUCAGUCCCAGGGACUGUCCAAUGUGAAGGCCCCCCUGUACCUGGAUGUGACCUGGGAAUGGCAGCAGUGGGGCGGCAUCCUGCCACAGUCGCUGGACUUGCUGCUGUGCAUCAACAUGAUCCACAUCAGCCCCCUGAGCUGUACGGAGGGGCUCUUCAGAGCAGCCGGGCACCUGCUCAAACCCAAGGCUGUGCUCAUCACUUAUGGGCCCUACGCAGUCAAUGGGACGAUUUCUCCCCAGAGCAACGUGGACUUUGACCUAACCCUCAGAUGCAGAAACCCAGAGUGGGGGCUGAGGGACACAGCCUUCUUGGAGGAUUUGGGCCAGGCCAGUGGCCUUCUCCUGGAGAAGAUGGUGGACAUGCCAGCCAAUAACAAGUGCCUAAUUUUCCGGAAAGAAUAGCCCCUUUCCUUCAUCCUGCAUGCCCUGCAUCCCUGCCAAAGUUUCUCUUGGGCACAAACCCUGGCUCCUGAUGCCCUGGGCCAGAUUCUGGGAAUGACCAGCCCCAUCUAGUCUGGCCCGUCAAAAGUCUGGGCCCAGUCGGCCUUGGAAUAAAGUGUUUCCUGCUGUCCCCUU